AUGGCGAGCCAGUUCGAUGAAGAGAUCAAGCGGUUCUUCCCCUUCCCCCCAUACAAGAUCCAGCUGGACUUCAUGAAGACCCUCUACAAUGUGUUGACGAAAUCGAACCUACCAUUUGGCGAGGAGGUCCGGCCCGUUUACGAGAUAAUCCAGAGGAACGAGAGCCUGCAGAAGAUGGUGGUGGAAGAGGCGGGGGGCGGGCUGGAGUUCUUUAAUGGCCAGGUGUGUGCAGGGAGCAGUGAGGUGGGGGAGGAAGAUGGGGACCCCCCCCAAGACCACAUCAUCUGCGAAAUGAAGACCGGUUCUGGGAAGUCGCUCAGUCUGUUGACGCCACUGGUUUAUUGGCUGCUCAAACACAAAUUUGACUUCUUCCUCCUGCGGGAAGACACCCACCUGCGAAAGGAAGAACCCGAGUGGGUGAAAGAAUCCGUCACGGAGAACCUCCUGCGCAAGUUCGCGCGGGCCCAGAGGGUGCAGCAGAAGAGGAAGGAGGCAGACUUGGCGGUCCUGAACCGGUACCUCUCCAUCACAGACGAUAAAAUAACGCUGAAGGAAAAUUUGAGAGUGGAAAGAAAAAAGGCCCCAGUGGAGGCGCGCAAGCCGGGGGAAGAGCGCUUCGACCCGGAGGGGGAGGAGGAGACCCUGAGCGACUGCUCUGUGGAGGGCCCGUCCAAGAAGCAGAUCUUCAUUUGCAGCCGGACGCAGUCGCAGCUGAACCAGUACUUCUCGGAGCUGAAGAAGAUCGAGGAGAGGGUGGGAAGGGAGCUACCCAUCAACAUGGUCAUCCUGGGGAGUAGGAAGCACCUCUGUGUGAACGAGCCCUUCCUGAAGAAGCACAGGAGUGUGCACGAGCUGAACGACUGCUGCCGAAACAGCGACUGCAGGUAUAAGCAAACGUUCAAGGAGAACAUGCUGCGGAGGAGGCAGCGGAGGGAGAGAAGAAGAAACAAAAUCUGCUACGACUCGUCCUCAUCGAGUGGGAGCAGCGGUGGAGGAAGCGGCGGAAGCGGCGGGGGGGCCGUGGACAACUACAGCCUGGUGUCCAAACUGAUCAGCUGCAAAAAUCUAACCAUCAGCCAGGUGAAAGACAUAUGCGUGAGCGACCAGAUAGAGGUGUGCCCCUACUACCUAAGUAGGGAGAACAUCAAAAGCGCAGACAUAGUCCUCCUGCCCUACGUGUGCAUCCUAAACGAACAUGUGAGGAAGGGCCUAAAAAUAAGCAUUAAAAAUAAUAUAGUGAUUUUUGAUGAGGCCCAGAACAUCAUAGACAGCAUAAAUGAUUCCAAUUCGGUAGCCAUACAUUAUGGGGACAUUCUCUUUUGCAAAUUAAUUUUGGAGCAAUACUCCAAGAGAUUUCAAGAGGUGCUAACCAAUAGCAACUUGGUCUCGAUUAAGCAGGUUGCCAUCUACUGCGAUUUGCUUCUGAGCUCGUUCAGAGACGUUAAAGAGAGCCUCGUGAAAGUCACCAAGUACAUUUUGACAUCUAAGUUAGAUGCACUGAACCUGAAUGAGAUUUCCAACCUUCUUAGCAACUCUAUCUUUUGCAGACGAAUUAAAAUUUUUGCAGAAUCGUAUCUGAGGAAGCACCUCCCCCAGCAUGGUAGAGGCGCUCCGGCAACUGUCAACACGUCUGCCAUUUAUCUGCUCGGCGACUACACCAGCAAAAUGAUGCGGGCCAAUCGGUACGACUAUGUGUUUCUGCACAGAGGGGGCGGCGCGGAAGAGGGGGAACCGCCAACUGGAGGAGCGUCACGGGCGGCACCCAAUAAACGGGGUGGCUUCCCCGCCGAGGGGGCGCCACACAUGGGGAGGGCCAAGCGGGUGAGGAAGGAGGCCCCAGGGAAGCUGCACCAAGAGGUGGCUGCUGCAGAGGGUGACCCUCACAGGAGAGCUACCUCGAGGACGAGCCAGGAUUCCCACGCCGCCGACCCGAUGAACCCCCUCAUGGAAGAUCUAUUGACGCGGAGAACGCCCCAAAUGUGGCACCGCAUAGAAAUCGUCAGCGUGAGCUCCUGCAGCAACUUCGGGAAAGUCACCAACGACUGCAGCAACGUCAUUCUAAUUGGAGGGACUCUCCAGCCGAUAGAAGAAUUCCUCCUACUGUUUAUGCACCGAAAGGAGAGGAACAAUUCUGCGAAGCUGUUUCUGUCUGAUUACAUUUUCAAGCAGAGUAACGUGUUCUGCAGAGUCGUCAGCAGGAACCUAGUGACCUACGAACCCGUGGACAACACUUUCAAAAGGAGAUCCGAAAAGACACACCUCCUUAACUUGGCCAUCCAGAUUCACCUCCUCACUCUGCACGUCCGCUUCGGCAACAUUGUUUUUUUUUCUUCCCACAAAUUCUUGCGAGAGUUCUUCACCUUCCUACAGAAUGAAGGCCAGUACGUCUUAACCGAAAUGAGGAAAAGAAAAAACAUCUUUUUCGAGGAGAAGGAUGGAGAGAGGGACGUCCUGAGGGACUACAUGCAGGGCAUCCAGCGGGUGAGAGAUCAGGGGGGGGAGAAGAAGAAGAAGAAGGAGAAGGAGAAGAAGGAGAAGAAGGAGAAGAAGGAGAAGGAGAAUGAUGAUGCUCCCUUAAAAAACGGCUGCAUCCUUUUCUGCGUGAUGAAUGCAAAGCUCAGCGAGGGGAUUAACUUUUAUGAUGACUUUUGUAGGAACGUUUUGCUGGUCGGCAUCCCCUUCUUCAAACACGAGAGGGGUGGUGGCUCUGCCUCCGCUGGGGACCUCCCCCUUGAUAGGAACUCCCUUCGUUUGGAUUACUACCGGGCCUUCUCCGCGGACGUGGCGCCGUCCUCGCCGCGGCUGGAGCGCCUAGUGGGAGACAUGUGCAGGACGUACGAGCUCAAGUUCGCCAUGAAGAUAGUCAACCAGUGCAUCGGAAGGAGCCUCCGCCACGUGGACGACUACUCCUCCUUCUUCUUCCUGGACCAUCGGUUCGCCAACAAGGAUUUCUCGGACCUCUUCCCCUCCUUCAUCGGAGCCCACUUGGCUGCCACCAAAGGGGGGGACUCCUCCCAGCAGGACCAACGGGGAGGAGGUACCUUCCUGCAGGAGAAAGCAAAACUGACGGAGGUCUUCGAAGAUUUCAGGCGCCACUACAGCAGGGCCUUCCCCGAUAUCCCCUUCGCGCAGCACGACGAGGGCCACUGGGGCAGCUUCGCGCGGGACGUCUUCCUCCUGCGCGAGUUCCACGAGGGGAGGAGAGCCGCCGGAUUAAAAAGGAAGGCACACACCAGCUGGGCAUUGAAAGGGGGGGAAGUGAGCCGGCUAGGCAGCUCAGCCGCUCAACUGCUACACAAGGUAAGCCACAGGUCGAAGGGGAACAAAAAAAACGGGGGCAGAUGCCAAGACGAGAAAAAAAAAAAAAAAAAAAAAAAAAAGAAAAAAAAGCAAAAGAAAGCAAAGAAAACAAAGAAAAAUAAAGCAAAGAAAACAAAGCACAACAAAGCUACGCAAACCAAAGCGAAGCAACGCAACGCACGCAACGCAAACCAAAGCAGUCGUCUAACCUGCACCGAUUUUAACCCAUCUAGUGCGCCACUAGCAACAAGAACGUAG